AAAAUAGCUGCAGUGGAGAAGACUCACUAUGUGUUUUUUCAUGUUGCGAGCUUCCUCCAAGAUCUAUUGUUUAGUUAGCUUCAUCUCUGUUCUCAUCCUUUUAUGGGCUUUUUAUCUCUACUCACAAGACUCUGUCCAAAACAGGAUUGGAUUAAUGUGCAAUGACAACACAGCAGCAGCGAUGAAGACACACACAUAUGUAGUGGAGGUUAAACGUUGUUCCAACAAAGAUAGCUGGAGUGUUGGGAACCUAUUAAUGCCAACUGGACUCACAUAUAGUCAGCCCAACACACAGAGGGGACGCACUGAUGUGAACUGUGUGACAAACUGGAAUGUUCCACUGGUUUGGGAGGGGACCUUUGAUCCGCUUGUUAUUGAUGCAAUCUACAAGAAAACCGACCCAAGAGUUGGUGUGAUGAUAUUCGCUGUCGGCAAAUAUACUCGUUUUCUGAAAGGUUUCCUGGAAACAAGUGAAAAGUACUUUCUUACUGGCUUCAGGGUUACGUACUACAUCUUUACAGACAGUGAAAAGGAUAUUCCUGCAGUUCCCCUUGGUGAAGGUCGAAACAUUACAGUUCUUCCCGUCCCUGCAGCCAGACGCUGGCAGGAAGUGGUGUUCGGCAGGAUGAAAUGGGCAACCAUCACUAUCGACAAACAGAUCCGCAAUGAGACAGAUUAUCUUUUCUUGAUGGACGUUGACAGUCUUUUCUACCAUCGAUUUGGAGCAGAGUCUUUCAGUCGGCUGUCUGCAGUCCUUCACCGUGGAUACUACAAGAAAACUGAAAGGGUUGAUUUUCCUUAUGAGCGACGACCUGAGUCCAGAGCAUACAUCCCCUUUGGGGAAGGGGAUUACUACUACACAGCAGCUGUCCUAGGUGGAUACUUAGAAGAUAUGUAUAACCUUGUCAGGUACUGCUAUGAACAAUCGGAAGAAGAUGCCAGCAAUAAUAUUGAGGCUGUUUGGCAGGAAGAGAGCCAUCUCAAUAAGUAUCUUUUAUACAACAAACCAACUAAAGUUUUGUCUCCAGAAUAUCUGUGGUCUGAUUACGAUCGGGUACCAGCAGAUAUUAAAGUUGUCAGGAUCUCCCAGUUAAAGAAGAACUAUAAGGAAGUGCGCCCCAAUGGUGGACAUUAAAAACUUGCUUUUAAUUAAACCACAAAGUCUCAGGGGUUUUGUUCUAAUAUAGAGAACAUGGGCAUUUGGUUUCCUUCUGUGCAAUUAGUUUGAAAAAAAAACUGUUCAUUUAUGAAUUGUUAUCUGUGGGAAUACAGCU